AAAACCCAAAGCUCGCCGCUACGUAACGACCAUCUCUAUUACUCGACUUCACACCCCCCUCUCACCUCUCCUAAAGAUUCAACCUUUUUUGAGAUUCCCCAAUUCUGAGAUGAAGCUAGUCGAGAAGAUGAUGACUACGGAGGAGAAUGAGAAUGGUGAAGAUGUCUGCCGCACGAUCGAGGUUUCGGGGGUUGACAGAAACGGGUUCCAGUCUCCGGACGUUGAAGCUGAUGAUACGUUUCGAGCUAUCUCCGGCGAAGAGCUUAACCUAAUUCCGCCGCUCAACUUCUCCAUGGUCGAUAACGGUAUAUUCCGCUCUGGAUUCCCUGAUUCAGCUAACUUCUCCUUUCUCCAGACUCUUGGCCUCCGCUCAAUCAUAUACUUGUGUCCGGAGCCUUACCCAGAGACCAAUCUCCAGUUCCUUAAAUCCAAUGGAAUUAGGCUUUUCCAGUUUGGCAUUGAAGGCAAUAAGUGUGUUCCUGACUUAGACAACGAGAUUUGGUUGCAUUUAUGGAGUUCUAAGCAUCACAAAGAGGGUCCAUUAACUAAUGGUCUUUCGGAAACUUUGGAGCCAUUUGUGAAUAUUCCAGACCACAAAAUCCGCAUGGCACUCAAAUUGCUUCUAGAUGAGAAAAACCAUCCUCUACUGAUUCAUUGUAAGCGAGGCAAGCAUAGGACUGGUUGUCUUGUUGGUUGCUAUAGAAAACUUCAGAAAUGGUGUUUGACAUCGAUAUUUGAUGAGUACCAGCGUUUUGCAGCAGCGAAAGCUAGAGUUUCGGAUCAAAGAUUCAUGGAGACAUUCGAUGUUUCAAGCUUCAAUCAUAUUCCUCUGUCUUUCUCUUGUUCUACCAGGUAAACAGUGAAGCUAAAAUCUUCAGAUAAAAAGGCCAAUCAAAAGGAGAGAUUUAUCAUAUUACAGUUCGAGAGGAGGAAUCAUUCUUCUGUUUCUUUACCUUUCUCUGGAAUCAAUAAUAAUAUUUCGAGAAAAGAAAAGGUUUAAUUUUCUUUAUGAUAAAAUGAUUUUACUCUUUUUUCUUCCCUUGCUGCAUCUCAGUGUAAGGUAGAUAAAUACGUAUAUAUAAGUAACAUAGAUAGGAGUUUGUGUAGGAAGAUAAAUAUAUUUUCUUGGGUUAUUCCAAAUGUUUUAUUUCAUCAGAACAUGAUUUGUUAUUAUUA